UGAGUGAUUAGCCAUAGGCUCUGCUGGCAAUUGAUUAAAAAAUCAAAAGAAAGAAAUUUAAACUUUUUAAAAUUAUACAUAAAUUUUAAUACCUUUCAAAUGCCUGCGGAAUCUCUCAAGUUAACAAAAUGUCUUAAUAAGUUAAAUGAACAACAAAUACAAAAUAACAAGCAUAGAUGGAACACAAAGAACUGAAACCAAAGCUAUAUUAAAAUAUAGCUGAAAAACAGGUUUAAUUUUAGGUACAACCAAUAAACCUUUCUAAAGUUUGAUUGUUUGUAAAUAAAUAUGGGUUAAAAUAUUUUGUCUAUUUUCAGAACUGUGUUGAGGAAGAUGAUGGUAUUCAGCAAGAAGAUUUCUAUGAAAAACAUCAGCUCAAAAUUUCUAUAUCUAAAAAAGAUAUUUUAACUCUGAUAAUGGCUUUUUCUUUGCGAUACCAGGUAUCAGACACUGCGAUUCUCAGUCUGAUUGAAAUGGUGAACAUCAUCAUAGGGCAAGAAUUCAUCAGUCCAAGUUUGUAUCGUUUGUGGAAAAUGUUUAGUUGUAGCCAAGAAGAUAUUGUUAAAACUCAUUUCUUUUGUGAGAAAUGUCACACUUACAUAUCUCAUAUUGACAAGAAAAUCACAGUUUGUUCUAAUUGUGGUAAUAAAGUUCAGACGAGUGAUGUACAAAAGUCAUCCUGUUUUCUGAGUGUCUCACUUGAAGCUCAAAUAAAGAAUUUGAUCAAUUCUGGCACACUUAGUAUACCGUAUAUUCAAGAUUUCAAUAAGAGUAUGAACGUGCAUAAUCAGGUUUCUGACAUAAACCAUGGAAAGUUGUAUAAAAAAUUACGAAAUGAGAAUGAAUCUCUGUUUCUAACGUAUAAUUUCUCAGUCGAUGGUCUUGCUGUAUUUAACAGUGCGAAAGGAUCAUUAUGGCCAAUUUUGGUGGUAAUCAAUGAAAUUCCUCCUACGCUUCGUUACCAAAAUGUUCUAUUAGCAGGCAUAUGGUUUGGGAAAAAAGAGCCUAAAAUGGAUCUGUAUUUGAAGCCUUUUGUAGAAGAGGCUGUUAAACUUGGGGAGAAUGGAAUUUCUUUUGGGCCUAACUCAAAGCAUACAAUAAAGGUAUUUGCUGCAUGUUGUUGUGCUGAUUCAGUAGCACGACCAUGCAUCCAAAAUUCGACCCAAUUUAAUGGCUAUUAUGGUUGUACCUGGUGCAAACACCCUGGAGUCCUUGUAAAUAGUGUUGUAAAGUAUAGUUAUAAGGAUCAUUUACUUUAUGAGGACCGAAGGGAGCAGGAAACCAUUAAAUUAAUGUUUGAAGCAAUGCACAAGGGGAAAAGUAUACAGGGAGUGAAAGGACCCAGUGUAUUGCUUCCCAUACCUUCUUUCAACAUUGUUAAUGGUUUUGUACCAGAUUAUAUGCAUGGGAUUUUUUUAGGAGUGACCAAACAUCUUGUGUCUUCAUGGUUUGACACUCGGAAUAAGUCUUGCAAUUUUUAUCUUGGUUCUCCUACAAUGUGUGGUUUGAUAAAUGACCGCAUGAGUAAGUUUAUUUUUCCGCAUAAUGUUGGGAGAAUUCCAAGAGGCAUAAGUGAAAGAGCCUUGUAUAAAGCUUCCGAAUGGAAAAACUUCCUUCUCUUUAUAUGUUUCCCAUGCAUAAAAGAUAUUCAAAAGCAAGCAUAUUUGGAUCAUGUUAGUUUGUUGGUGGGUGCUGUUGAAAUUUUAAUGCAAAAUGUUAUAACUGUUGAUGAUUUAAAAACUGUUGAUUGUUUAUUGUUGAAAUUUGUUACUGAAACACAAUUAUUGUAUGGCGAAGAUUUUAUGACAUCGAAUAUGCAUUUAUUACUUCAUUAUACCACGAGUAUUGCCAAUUGGGGACCACUUUGGUGCCAUUCAAUGUUUGUCUAUGAAGGGUAUAAUGCCACUCUACAAUCAUAUAUCAUGGGCACUCGUGGUGUAAAAACACAAACCAUCAGAAGAUUUUUACUGAAUCAAGAAUUAAUAUCUAACUUAAAUAAAUAUCCAGUUCAUGUUUCAAAUUAUAUCUCGAAAAUUAACUUAAAAUCAAAGCAUUCUCAGAAAUUUAUUAAGAUAGGAAAUUUUAAUUUAUAUGGAGCACCGCAUACACAAGUUAAAGAUAUAUGUUCAACAAAUUUCCCCACUGGUUUUUUUCUCCUAAAUGGUUUAACUGAAAAUGCUAAUAUUCAAUAUUUUAAGCGUAUGACAAUCGAAAAUAUGUUGUUCUCGACAAAGUCUGACAAGCAUUUGAGAAGGAGUGAUUCCUUCAUAUAUACUCAAUCAGGUUUUGGUAAAAUAAUCUUUAUUGCUUUGCACCUCAAUAUUACAAAAGUUGUAGUUUGUAUUCAAAAAUAUGAAGUCGUAACAAAACCUAACAAAAAUAUAGGUAACAUGUAUAUUGUGAAAAUCUCAGACAACUUCAUAAUUCUUGAUCCAAAUGAAAUAGUUGGCAAGUGUGUUGAAUAUGUUGAUAAUUCCGGUGUCAUAACAAUUUCUAAAGUUCCUGUAUCGCAUGAAUUGUGUACAUAAUUGUAUUUUAAACGCUGUGCCAUGGCAGUGUUUUUAAAAAAUGCUUAAAGGUGCUUAUUUUUGAUUUUUAAAAGCCCUUUUUUUUUUGAUAGUUAAGUUUUUGAUAUGUUGUCCGGAAAACAAUUACUCAAGAUGAACUGCACCACUCUGCACCUGAGAAGCCCUUCGGGAGGGAGGCGAGGGAGUGAUGCAGGGAUUCAAGAGUUGUGCCUGCUCUUCAUCAUCCCUUUGUUCUUCGAGUAUCAGCCCAUAUUCGUUGUAAAUAUGUAUCUAACUUCUUUAACUGUAAAUAUUUUAUUCUGUAUGUGUUUUUAUUAUCCUUAUUGUUUUUCAUACUGUAUUUGUCGUUAUUUAACCCAGACUGCUUUUAUUUUUACGCCUGUUCUCACAAUUUUGGCAAAUGAAGGAGCCUAAAUUGCUCAUUUAAAAAAGAUGCACCCUACAAUUGUGUAUAUAAUUUUAUUUUUAGCGUUUUAUCAUACUAGUGUUUUUAAAAAGUGCCAUCUACCGACGAAAGGUUUUCUAAACUGAACAUCUUCCCCAGCCUAAACUAUGCUCAGCAAUCAAGCGAAAGAGGACAAGAUUGAGUUAUUAUGCUUUUGAAUUUUCCUUUCACUGCUUAUUUUGCUUAUCUUGAAGAGAUGAUGCUUUUCAGAUUUAGUUCCAGCCUCCUAUAUAGUCCGCCAAAAUUAAUGCAUCUGUUGAAAGAUUAGAAACCACUUCAAGGUGCACUGCCUUAGUAGCAAAGCAUUCAAAGAGUGCAAUAUAGGACUUUAUCGUGAUUCUACUUCUUGGUACAUUAGGUUUAGUAGUAAAUGGUCCUCCAAAGUCCAGUUUAAUGUUUAGGGAUGGUCUACCAGUGUUGAAUCUACUUGUAGCCAGGUCAUCAAUAACUUGAUUACCAGAUUGGGUCUUGAGACGAAACAAAUCAGACAUUUUUCAAGGUCUCUUCUAAGCACAUCUCUUCCAGAAGGAAUCCAAAACUUUUGUUGGGUGAUAAACAAUUUCAGCUGAGGUCCACUAUGUAAUUGAAUAUAUGAUAAUACAUCUAUCAUUUAUCAUCAUACAUACUAUCAGUUUGGUGAAAUAAUGAAUUUUUGGAAGAUGCAUUGGGUGCUUUUGAUUUAAAUUUGAACUUUUUACUCGUCCACUAAUGUUUUCUGUAUCUAAAAAUAUACUUAGCUGAUGGAGUUUGCUGUUCUUAGGGAGAGGAGUUUUUUUUUUUUUAAAUGAUUAAACUCCUGGUAAAGUUCUGAUUCUUGACUUAUCUUAAUAAGUCUUUAUGGACCUCUCAAUUUCUUCAAGAUGAAAGUAUGCCGAAAACUUAAGUGGACUUACAGUUGUUAAUAAAAUGCAAGCACCAAGAGAUUAUUCAAUUUAGAGGUGUAAAUGAUGAAAAUUUCUCAAUGAUUGUUAAAAAGUAAUUGUUUUUGGUACAAACUGUGAUGUUGUUGAGAACUACAACUUAUUGUUCUUCACAUUUUAGAUCUUGUUCAGUUUGCUAUGAAACAAGAGAUGGGAACUUAAAGUAAUCUUGUCUUAACCAUCAUUGUGGUCCAGUCCAAAACAGAUGAUUUCUCAAUUUUGAUGUAGAAAUAACUUUAGAAGCUGAAUUAGUAGGAUUUUCUUGACUUUUUACUUUCUGUCAAGUUGCUUCUGAUGCCAAUUCUUGAAAUUUGGAAAUACUAUUACAAACAAAUGUUUUCAAUUUAGUAGGAUCUGCCUUUAACCAGUUUAAAAUGAUUUGAAUAUCCGAAAACAAAAUAGUUUUCUUGAUUUGAAUGACUUCCUGCAUAAAUUCAAGAACUGCAACAUAAAGUUGUGAAAGAAGAAGAGCUGCCAUGAGUUCCAGUCUAGGCAACGUUAUUGAUUUUACAGGAGCAACUCUUGUUUUUGAAGUAAUCAUUGCAACAUUUAUUUUUCAAGAACACAAUGUCUGUAAAUAAAAAAACCGCAGCAUAUGCACAUUUAGAUGAGUCAGAAACCCAUUAGUUGAAGUUAUUAUGGAUCAUCAGAAAUUUAUUAAUGGAUCAUCAGAAACAUAUCUGGAAAUCUUAAUGUCUUUUAAAUGUUCCAUCUGAUUUUUGAAUUGAAACCAUGUUUUUUCAAUAAGGUUUGGCAACGAAUCAUACCAAGUGGUUUUCUUUCCAAACCUUUUGCAUCAGGAUUUUUGACUGAAUUGUUGUAAGUGACAGGAAACCAACAGGAUCACAAAUUUUAGCAAUAAAAGAAAGAAGUUGACGUUUUGUCAGCUUGCCUUCGGAAGUGGGAUUUAUUUUAAUUCUGAAAGUGUCUUCCUUGUCAUCCCAGAUAAUGCUCAAGAUUUUCAAAACGUGAUCUCCUUCAAUGUGUAGAGAUCUGGAGGAGCUGCACAAUUCAGAUGGUUUAUUAGAAGCCCACGUAUGAGUUGAAAAUCCUUUUUUUCAUAAGCUCUAUCAUUUGAAUGACUAGUUUUUUUUAAUUCAAGAACAAAAAGAUUCCUCGUGCAACACUGAAAAAAAUGCAAUGUGAAAGUGCGUACUUUUCAGUUUCCCACAAAAGUACGAAAGGGAGAGGAAAGUUAAUAUUGAGUGAAUUUAAAGCAAUUAUUAAGUUAUGUGAGCAUUUUACAAUAAAAUGUUAAGAAUCUUGUGUUUCUCCAAUUUUGCAAUCACACAGAUCACUGGAACUUAAGCCAAAUCUUAUGCCUUGAAGUUGCAGUGUCCAAUGAGAAAUUGUGUCAUACGAAUCACACAGAAAGUUGCAGAAAAAAUGUUGGUUUUUAAGUCUGAUUAACAGAUGGAAAGAAGAGUGUAGUCAGUGAAGCAUUUGUAGAAGCUUGAUAUUGUUUGUUCCACACAGUUUGAACUUUAUGCCUGGCUGAAAGUCUAAAAAAAGAUUUUGGGCGACUUUAAUCCCAAAUGGAAUUAAGAUUAGUCGAAAGUCAGCUCUUUCAUUACUCAGAACACCGGAGUAGCCUCGGACAUGUGAAAAGAACACUGAUUUACCCUCCGAUUGGAGUUCAUUUAAAAUGAUCUGCGAAUUAACAAUAAUUCUGUUAAAAGAAGUGAUGCAUUUAAGUGCAAAUACCGAUGUAAGGGAAUCUGAACAGAUUAGGAAUUUUGGUGAAAGAGAUGAGUUGUUUGAGAUCCAUUUAAUAGAGCGGUAAAGACACAAAAGCUCAGCUUAGAAAACCCUGCAGUUAUCAGGAAUUCCAAUUAGGUGGUUCUCAAUUUCUGUAUUAUUACAAAAGAUCACAAAAGCCAGGCCAACUCUGUUAUUUAAUUUGCUUCCGUCUAUAUAGCAAACAACUGGGAAAUCACUUUCAAUACUAUUGCAGAUUUUAAUGGUAUCAAUAGGUAAUCGAUUACCUGGAUGUGGAAGAUUAGUUAAUGAGAAAUUUGACCUUAAUGAGAUGUUGCUGUUGUUUUUAUAAUCCAUGUUUUGUAAGAUAUAAGUAUCAAUGGGAGGAAAACCUAAUAAAGCAAAACAAGCAUCGUAGCUAAUAGUCCUUUAUUCUCGCACAAUUCUAAGAAGAAUUCUUCUCUGAACUCUAUGCAGAUUAUGUAUAUAUACUUUUUUAAGUAGGGCAUUACCUCAUACUCUAGAUGUGUAGCAAAUGAAAGGAACAAUUCCCUGUUUGUAAAUUAAACUCAUAACAUUGAACUUAAAACCAAAAGUAUUGCAUGAGAUCCGAUUCAAUCUGUGAAGAAUAUUUGCACAUUUUUUUUUUGAUAAAUAAGAAAUAUGUUUUUUCCAAUUCAAAUUAUCAUCAAGAAUAACUCCCAAAUAUUUAAUUUCACUAACAAAUUCCAGAAGGUUAAUCAAGGUAUAGUUGUAGAUUUGAGUAGUCUUUAUUUUUCUUUUUGAUAACCAUGAUUUUAGACUUAUUCGAAUUGAAAUCUAGUUUUUGUUCUUUGGACCAUUUAACAAUAAUGUCUAGGAUGGUUUGUGCCAGUAAAAAAAUAUUGUCCUAACAUUUGCUUUGCAACCAGAUUAAAAGGUCAUCAAUAAAAGCAAUUGUUUUACAGCCAUUGAUGUUUGAAAGUAUAUUUAAAAGUUUAUUAAGAAUAAUGUUCCAUUAUCUACCCUCUGAAAUCAAGCCGAAAAAUUUCUUGAUAAUUUUUUUAAUGGCUAAUAUAGUUAAGAAAAGAGUUCUUUGUCAGAAACU